ACACUGCAUAAGCUACUGCUACCAUGGCUUCCGUUCUGCAGAACUUGGGGCAAACUGUUCGAGAAUAUUUUUUGCAAGAUCCCUCCCAUGCCGCCAUCUUUGUGCCUAUCCUCCUGGGAGAGGCGCUAGAGGACUAUAACUUCCACAACCUCCUAAAUAUCUCUACGUCCAACAGCGCACAAGAGUUGGAACAUAUCAAGGGUACGAUAGAACAAAAUUUUCCUUCUCUGAGGGUUUCUUCCAACGACAAAGCUUGUGGAGAUUGUGAGCCUUGUAUGGAAGAUCGAUCUUGCAUUGAGCUGCACGGUCGUAUCGUCGGAGCUCUCACUGCAACGCAGGAUAUUGACACCCUCAUCAACCUUCGCUUCAUCCUAGUUGUUAUUAUCAUCCACUCUCUGGGUCAUGUUUUUGCCGCUGGCAAUCCCAUGCCAUUGCAGAAAGACACCUUCCCGUUUUACCACUGCAAUUACUUGCUCCUUGACAAGGACAUCGCUGAGCCCGGCUUCUUUGCCGAGGAAGGAAUCUUCGGUGGAAUCAUCGGCAUCGUGUUCAAGAAUGAGGAGAAUGGAUUGCCUGGACCGUUCUUGGAGUCGGAUCUCACAAAGAUCGACUAUCUCUUUCUGUACGAUCGAACAGGUGCAGCGUACCGUCUCGACACCAGAGAGCUUGCAAACCAGUUGAACAGCAAACGUUUCGGCCGGUUCGAGCAUUCUCAGCGCAUCCAGGUGCCCGAGGGAAUCUCGGAAAGAACCUGUGCUGCCUAUAAUGGCGACCACCUUCCGAUAAAGAACAUUGGUCCUGCUUUCAACCCGAAGUGGCUGGACAGGGUACUACGCCACGGCGAUCUUACGUUCUCCAAUAACCGUUUCAACCAACCGUCAUGUGUCCGAAUGAAGUGAUGGAGAUUAUUCCUCUCUUUAAUGGUACACCGACUUUCUAGUCCACUUGUUGCUUGACAUCCAGCGGCGACAUUCAUAUUUUUUCCCGUGUAGUAUUCGAUCCGUAGAUGAUGGGCAAGCAGAUGCCGGACCAGCACGGUGAAAGUCGAGCAAAGGACGGCAUUAUAGACUUGUUGAUCCUCAGAAGAUACCUGAUUAACACGUAGUAACUGCAUUUCUGCCUGGGCAAGCUAAAUCGCCUGAAUUCUAUAAUCCUCAGUCUCAUCAGUAAUUUAAGUCACCGAACACAAUAACAUACCCGAUGG